AUGACGACCGAAAACUCAACAGCCAGACGAGGAAAGAAGCGAUCUGCGUCAAAUUCACCAGUUCAUAUGGAAGGAGUGACUACGAAUAAUUUGAAUUAUCUAACUACAUCGGAUAUGUCAAAUGAUCAAGACUUUUUAGCGUCGAAUGAAAUCAAUAGUCAAACGAUUGGUUUGAUUUCUUUUCUGGCAACGAAACGAUUGAUUAACUUAUCCUUUUCAACUUUAUACCAACGGAGUCUGAAAAUUACUUGGUUAAAUUUAUUAAUCCGAGAACGACGAAAUCUCAAAUCUAAUAUUCAUUCCGUAGAAAAAUGUUUUAUGCUUAAUCGAUUGAUCUCCGAAUGUAAAAAGGACCCUUGUAAAGUUGCUCAACUCACUGGAGAAUUGUAUGAAGCAAUCAAGAUACGUAUGACGACAAGAUUUUUGCCGGCAUGGUCAGCUGAAGACUUUUAUAAUCAAGUGCUCCUUUGGCAACGUUUACAAUGUCAACGGCGUUUAUUUAAUAUACAUUAUGAUGAAAUUAGUCGACCAGAGAGUUUAUUAACUCUAUAUCGAUUCGUUAAUAAACUCUGUGAUCAGUAUCUAAACUCGUAUCGUGUCAAUCCAACAGAAGAAAAUCAAAAUCAUCUGAAAAAAAUGCUUCACUAUUCGUUUAUCAUUGUUACUCAACCAUCGAUUCCCGAAUGUGUCGCUGCAACAAAAUAUGAAAAAACCAACGACAAAUAUGUAGCGAAACUGUAUUCGAGAAUAAUAUGUCUUCUUGAUCCAGAGCUGAUUGCCGCGCAUUUCUAUCUUGAUGAUAUCAAUGUGACACUUUUCCCAUUCGAUCGAAAGAUCGACGGAUUCGGGGAAAGUCAGCCGACCUUGAAGUGGUGUAAAAAAGAAGUGACAGAUGCGGAGGAUCAAAAAAUCACUUUCCUCUAUGCAGAACUCGAUUCGAUCACACUGCAAAAGUUGGAUAUUAGAAAUACUAGACCGUUAUACAGUGCUAAACUUUGUCAGAUACAAUUUCGUAGCAGAAUAAGAACAAAAGCUUAUAAUAUUGAACAAAGUCUGAUUUAUCUGUCUGAACCGUUUGGACUCUGUUCACAUGCUCAGUAUUAUCCAGAAUAUGUGGCUAAAGCGAUUCUCUAUCAAGUGGCACAACAAGUGCAACCUAAAGAAUCAUCGGUUCCAUCUGAUGUGAUCACAGGCUAUGUGGCUCGAUAUUAUGGGAAAAUUUCAGGUGUAGCAAUGAAACAACAUACCUAUGAGUAUAUCGAACAUGUUUUGCGGUUAGCUUAUGAAGGACGAAAAGAUGGACAUUUAUUUCUUGGCAUUUGUAAUAGCGCUGUGGAUCAGUGUCUACGUGGUACUGAUGAAAAGCCACAUAUUCUACUUCGCUUGAAUACAUUAGCCACGCAUCAACCAGUUCAGCAUGCAUCCGUUCGAUUUAUCGUUCAUGAUGGUCAAUUGAUAAGAGCGACUUUUCACGGAAAGGCAUUUGUCGAUGAAAUGUGUCGAAUGAUCGGCGAAGCAAAUUCGGAGAAAGCAAAACAAAUACAGGUCUUCUCUUAUAAAAACAAUCACACUUUCCAUGAUUUCAUUACCUAUUUCGACAACGAAUUGUUUCGACUUGAUACAUCUGCAGCACCGAUGAAAGAUGCUUAUCAACCAUUCAUACCAAUCCUUUGGAACGUGAUGAGGACAAAUGGCGAUCUUAAGGAAGAACAAUCUGUUUGUCAUACGCUGAAACUAGAAUCUCAACCGAUCGAUAUGAGUCAUAGUAAAGCAUCUGCCAUGGAAACUGAUCUUUCUCAUUCAUUUGCCACUAAUCAUCAGUUUUUACAAACAACUGAAAAAAUGGUUGCACGAACUGACACAGUCAUUUGCCGUGCAGUGGACAAAUUCAUCGAUUUGUUGAUCAAAUCUACUUCAUCAUCUGCUUCUGAAGCAUCUAUGCAUCUCUUGAGUUUAACGGAGACUAAUCAAAAAGAGCUUUUGGCUACGAUCUUAUCCGAAUGUUUGCAAUUACAAAAAUGUAGCGAAGCUUCAACUCAGACAUCAACGCUUUCAUCGAAUUCGAACAGCUCGCCGAGCAGUACUUUAUCGGAUGAUUAA